ACCAGCCUAGCUGUCAGUGUAGUACGAGAGUCGUCUGAAGCGGACGGAUGGCCUCUAGCAAAAUGGCUUUAAAAUUGUGUUUAAUAUUUUGUAUAAUUUCCACUUCGACAUCUUACAGUUACGAAGACACGCAGACGAGUCUAUUCAUCGCACAGGCUAGACAAUGUUUCCCCAAACAUUUCUUGUUCGGAGUUGCCACAGCAUCAUAUCAGACUGAGGGUGCUUGGAACACAUCAGGUAAAUCCGAAAGCAUCUGGGACCGAUACACUCAUAAAUUCCCGGAUAGAGUAUUUGACCACAACAAUGGUGACACAGCUGACGACUCGUACCACCUCUUCAGGAAAGAUGUAAAGCUCAUGAAGGAUAUUGGAGUCCAGUUUUACAGAUUCUCUGUUUCUUGGACUAGACUACUGCCUUCUGGAUUUAGCAAUAUAGUAAACCCAGCUGGAGUGCGAUUUUAUACGGAACUGAUUGACGAGCUUCACAAGUUCGAUAUUCAACCCCUAGUCACCAUGUACCACUGGGAUCUGCCGCAAACCCUUCAAGAACUUGGAGGAUGGACUAAUCCGCUUAUUGCUGAUUACUUUGUGGAUUAUGCUAGAAUGUUAUUCAAAACUUUUGGGCACAAAGUAAAGUCCUGGAUAACCUUCAACGAACCCCUCACAUUCUGCCGUGAAGGUUAUGGCGGCGACGACGCUCCUGGUGGAAGAUCUAGUGGCUUGGAGACUUACAUGUGUGGUCACAACGUGUUGAGAGCUCACGGAAUGGUCUACAGAAUGUUCGAGAAGGAAUUCAAGAAUAAUACUGGGGCCACUGUGGGCAUAUCUUUGGAUUUGGCUUGGAUGGAGCCAGCGACCACGUCUGUUGAAGACAGGAAUGCUGCUGAAACUGCAAGGCAGUUCGUGUUCGGUUGGUUCGCUAAUCCAAUCUUCUCGAAAAAAGGAGACUAUCCAAAAGUAAUGCGCCAGCGCAUAGAUGAAAUCUCUCAUCGGCAACAUUUCCCCCGAUCUCGUCUCCCGAAAUUUACAAAGGAAGAAAUAGAGUUUAUCAAAGGUUCUGCAGAUUUUUUGGGCCUGAAUCACUACACGACGUAUUUGGCGUCCAAAAGUAGUGUGAGGCCGAAUAUGGAGCCGUCUUUUGAUGCCGAUAUGGGAGUUGCAUUGACGCAGAAACCUGAUUGGCCAAAAACGAAUUCGACGUGGUUAAAGGUGGUGCCAUGGGGGUUCAGAAAAACACUAAACUGGGUGAAGAAUACAUUUGACAACCCCAUUGUAGUGAUAACUGAGAAUGGCGUAUCGACAGAACCAGGCCUCCGCGACACGAAGAGAGUCAAAUACAUUGACAGCUAUCUGCGGUCUCUGCUUGCAGCGAUGAAGGACGGAUGCAAUGUAUUGGGAUAUACACAUUGGAGUUUGCUUGAUAACUUUGAAUGGAUGAGAGGCUACUCCGAACGCUUUGGGCUCUAUGAAGUGGACUACACUUCGCCCAACAAAACACGCAGCCCCCGGUUAUCAGCUACAUUCUACAGCAAAAUAGUUCGUUCUAAAUGCAUUCCAGCCCAGAAGAAACUAAUAUUUAAGCCAUAGUUAUAAUCUUAUUAAUUAAAUAUAUUUUAUAUAAACUUU